UUCAUACCUCAUGUAAGCAGUAUCAAAAGUGUCACCUACACCUUAGCAACGAGGAGGCGGAGGAGCUGAACCGUUGAAUUUUGUUUUUUUCCACAGAAAGCGUUUGUGUUUCUAUAUUUCCAUCCCUGUGUUGCUAAUGAUGAGUGAAACUGCUAUCAUAUUCUUCACUUGGAGAAGCUUAUUUUUGAGAAAUAUCCAACAUGGAUGAAGGAAAUCCAACAUGGCCGGCCUUGCUCCAUUUGGUCGAGACGAUCAACCUUUGCUUGAUGUGAAAAUUGUCGGGGGAAAACGAGUUGAAAUCGAAGUUGAUAAAUAUGGAAAUCCCUUGAAUCAGGCAAAGAGAACUGAUCAUCCAGGAACGAAUUUCCAAACUCAGCAGCACGGAGGAAAUUCUUCAGUUUUGUCGAGUACAAGUUCAGCAAAAUCUUCAGCUGCAUUUAUUCCUCCAUGGGUCAGCAGAGGUGAUACACCUCCGAGAAAGCUUUUAAAAUCGCUGGAAAAUCCUGAUGAUGGAAGUAAUAACGCCGCAGAAGGAUUACGGAGGUUUUCUUCGCCGAGUUCUCCCGCAGUUUUACCACCUAUUAGAAAUAAGCUUACCUCGAGUGUUGAUGUUGAAGAGAAGACCAAAUCUCUUGCUUCGAGACUAACUGCAGUUCUCGGGGGGUUUGACACGUUGAGGUUGAAAGAUGCCUAUCUCAGCUUUGCUGGCUUUGAUUCGACUUUAUCAGGCUUUGUUGCUGCCGAGCAAAUCGAGAGAGAAUUUUUUAGGCUGCAAAUUCCAGUCAGAGGGGAACUUUUGAAUGAAGUGUUGUCUAUGUUCAUGUCAGCUCACAGACCUAACUGGGUAAAUUAUGAACAACUUUUGAAGUUUUUGAGCAACGCUGUCCAACCAGUUGUCACGAGAGAGUUUCAUAUCCCACAACUUGAUUUAUCAUCAAACCCAGGUGACAGACUGCAGCAGAAGUUGUCAAAGAAGUCCUCGAGGGAUAAUAACUUGCCAUUGAAGCCAAAUCAGGUAUCACCAAGAGCUGAUGACUCACAAAAAGGUCGCCAGAGCUCAAUAGCAGUGAAAAAAGCUUUUCAGGACAGGCAAGAUACUGCCAUUUUGUUACAAGUGGAGCAAAUCCUUAAAGAAGUUGAUAAUGCACAGCAACAUAUUCACAUUUUAAGAAGAGCUUUGGAGGAACAGGAUGUGGAAAAAGCAGAAUUUAUAUCCUCACAAAAGUUAAAAACACUGUGUUUACGACAUCACAUUCCUUUUAACAACUCCUUGUUAGAUAAGAUCAUCAACCGACUUGACACAUACAACUCUGGAAAAGUGAGUUGGCUGGAAUUCAUCUCAUUUGUUGAGCGAGCCUUGCCACUUCCCUCACAGAGCAGUACUUCAAGUCCCAGUCUGAGUAGAGAUGGUGGUGGUCAUGGUCUAGAAACUCCUCCUUCCAGACCAGUUUGGGAUACAAGGCAGCCCCUAAAGGGUGUCAGUAGAGAGGGAAGACGUAUGUCCCCAGUGAGCACAAUGGAUCAAAGAGAUGCAUUUGAGGAACAACAGAGAUAUUUAGUAAAUCGUUUGGAGGAACAGGAGAGGGUCAAUCAACAGGAUAAAGAUUCUUAUCGUCAGAAAUCACUUCCGAAGCAUCUUAAAUCUGAUGGGAGAGGUGGCAAUGAUUAUGUCAUGUCACAAGAAACUGAAGAAGAAACACGACAACUAAAGGAAAGGCGUGAGGAGUUAUUAAGAAGACAACAAGAGUUGAUUGAGCAAAAACGGCAGAUCCAGAGGGAACAAGAAGAAAUUAGCCAUUUUAUACAAAACCAGAAGGAGAAGUUGUAUGGUGGAGACAGGGAUUACGAUCCCCUGCAUUAUAUUGAGGAGGAGAGUAAGGUUGAGCGGUUCAUGAAGCUGGCAAAUGCUUUGUAUGUCUGCGAUCAGGAUCAGUCAGGUCUUAUAGAGGCUGACAUGGCUCGUCGUCUGUUGAAUAACUAUAACUUAGUAAAUCAACUGGACUUCUCAGCGGAGUUGAUUGAAAACACCAUAAGAAGCUGUUCAACUAUAGACGACAAAGUUAGUGUAGAUGAUGUAAUAGAUGAACUUAAAGGUCAUCUUUAAAAGGUAUUCAAGCGUGCUCUCGGGUGUGGUGUGCGAGUAGGCUGGGUUAAUCACAGAGGCGAGAAGGUAUUAGACUCCUCGCCCCCAGGAUUUCGCGCGGCCAUUUUUUUCUCGCGGUUUUCUUUCGCGUCACGCACGACGGACUAAGCGAAAGAGGGACUACUCGUAGUCUAAGAAGGCAUAAACAAUCGUUUUAUCUUUAAAAGAGGGUCUGUAUGAGUGUCUGGAAUAUCAGUUAUCAGUUGAAAUCACACCUCUUUUCUCAGCGAUCAGUGUAUUUUUCAAAAUCUCAGAUCUCCGUUACCGUAGACUGCCCUUAUAAGCCCUGGGCUAAUACAUUAUAAGCCCUGAGCUUAUACGACGUCGUAAGAGGUUUUAGGGGAUGGGCUUAUAAACGGAGGGGCUAUAUCCGGCGGGCUUAUACGCGAAAUAAAAAGACCGUUUCAAAAUGAGCUACAGCAGUGUUGAUGGAAAUAGUUUUUUUUAAAAAUAUAUACUGGUUUUUAUUUAAGCUUAAAAACGUCAUAAAUCAAAUUCAAUUCAUUUUAAACAAGAAGGGAGCUUAUAUUUGGGGGGCAGGGAGGGGGGAGGGAUGGCUAACAAUAUUUCAACCCCCACGAGAAUUACGCGCGAAUCUAAGACCUUGAUUGAUAUCAUUUGCAGUAAUCGAUCGGAAGUGAUAUUUUGUCUACAGGUAGACGGUUCUCUAACCAGGGGGGCUUAUAAGAGGUAGUUUACGGUUUGAAGAACGCUUUAUUUCUCGGCUGGUAGUUGCAUUUUUGAUAGUGUUUAUGAGGUAAACCUCAUCCGGACCCUCUUACAAGCAUUCGCUAUUCCCCUAUUACGUCAUUUGAUCAUAUAAGGUCAAGAGAACACCAGAAACAUGAAAAAGUAUUUCACUGAAGUGUCCCAUUUUAGAAAUGAAUAACAAGAAGAAUGUAUUAAGAUAAUAUAUCCCGUAUUCGAUGGUUUAAAACAUUUGCGGACAUAGCACUGCCGCUAAUUGGGGACACCCAAAUUAGUUAGCAUUAUAAAAACUAGUUACAAUAUAAUGAUUGUAAAAUAUCCGCGCGUAUUUACUGGUAUCCAUCAAGCCAUGCAAUUUUUUGUAUGUAUUCACUAGUGAAAUGUAAUUCAAAAGUGCAGCUCUUCAGUGAAAAGACAGAUUCCUUCAAGGUAUACACCUUUUAAUGUGCUCGGCUCCCCACGACAUCACUGCGCCGUUAGGUUAUGUGGCAUGCAUAGCUAGCGUUUGAACGCAUUUUGACCGCGCAAAAAUUGCGGCUAGACCAAAAAAAUGGACGAAACGGGACUCGAUUUUUUGGUCCCGCUCCAAUUUUUCGCGCGGUCAGAAUGUUACACAGGCUAAGCUGAGAGUGUCAGUAAAUGAAAUCAGUCAAUCAAAACGUUCUUCAAUCAGAAAGUUAUGCAAUAAAUCUCUUGUCAACCGAGCUAAACUGCGAUCAGGUUUUUUUCUUCGCUUCCGCCGUUGCGAAGAAAAAACUUUGCCUGACUUCAGCUGUAAUGGCUCGGGACUAUACUGGGAGAAUGUCGGCACAUGGAGUUUUUUGUAUGGAACUCGCUUAUCUCGAACCAAUUUCAACAACCCUUGAUGUAGAGACCUGGGACUGAUACUCGACCAGCGCGGCCCUCACGCAACCUCGUUCCCAGGGUCUCUUAUCUUCCCACCCUCCUAGAGUAAGGUCUUUUGGUCUUCCUCUCUCGCCCCAGGGAACGAGGUUGGCCAUCACGCUCAUUGUUGAUAAGUUAUUGAUCGCUAAGUUGGCUCUGAUUAAACCUUGUGAAUGGCGUUUUACAGAGCAGAGUUUUACCUUUAUUUGUUGUAAAUAGUUUUAAGGUAAAUUCCCGCGAACGUCUUGUAAAUAACAUACCUCUUGUACAUGUAAAAAAAAAAAAGAAAAAAACUAACAGAGAAAACGUUUUGAUGUUUGAAGACCUUUGAAGGUCUGUAAAUACAGAUGUGUAACAUUAAAUAUGCCGAGACAGAGAAUUAAAGAUAUUUAUAGCGGA